AUGCAAGCGCGCGAGCUGCUGCGAAACAUCCGGACCCCAGAACUGGCUGACUUCCGACAGUACCUCCGCACGCUGCCCACCCACUCGCUCCUGGCCUUCGGCAGCGCCUUCGCGGCUCUCACUGCCCUGUGGUAUGUCAUGAGGUCCAGGAGCCCCAAGACACCGGCAGGCCUCUCCAUGCAGUCGGUGGAGGUGGCGGGCACCGGCGGCGCCCGGAGAUCCGCGCUCCUGGACAGCGACGAGCUCCUGGUGUACUUGUACGAUGACGUCCGAACCGUGCACGAGAGCUUCCAGAGGGGCGUCCGCAUAUCCAUGGACCGCCCUUGUUUGGGUUUUCGGAAGACAGGCCAGCUCUACGAAUGGCUUUCCUACCGGCAGGUGGCGGAGAUGUCCGAGUGCGUGGGCUCCGCCCUGGUCCACAAGGGCUUCAAGGCCGCACCCGACCAGUACAUCGGCAUCUUCUCCCAGAACAGGCCCGAGUGGGUGGUCAUUGAGUACGGAUGCUUUGCUUACUCGAUGGUGCCCGUUCCCCUCUACGACAACCUGGGUAGGGAAGCAGUCACUUACAUAAUCAACAGUGCUGAACUCGCCCUGGUCUUUGUGGACAAGCCAGAGAAGGCCAACCUGUUAUUGGAAGGCGUAGAGAAUACGUCGACCCCAGGCCUCAAAAUCAUAGUCGUCAUGGACUCCUAUGAGAGCGAUCUGUUGGAACUCGGCAACAAGUGCGGGGUGGAGAUCAUCAGCAUGAAGGCCAUGGAGGACCUGGGAAGAGCCAACAGACAGAAGCCCAAGCCUCCGGCUCCUGAAGACCUUGCAGUAAUUUGUUUCACAAGUGGAACCACAGGCCACCCCAAAGGGGCAAUGCUCACUCAUCGCAACAUAGUGAGCAACUUCUCAGGGAUUUUGAAAGUGACAGAGGGGGCCAUUGGCCUGAACGCCAGUGACACACUCAUUUCCUUUUUACCGCUUGCACACAUGUAUGAGCAGCUCUUGGAGAGCGCGAUCCUGUGCCACGGGGCGAGAAUAGGGUUUUUCCAAGGAGAUAUCAAGCUGCUCAUGGAUGACCUCAAAAUGCUUCAACCCACCAUCUUUCCUGUGGUCCCGAGGUUGCUGACCCACAUGUUGGACAGAAUUUGGGGAGAGGCAAACACCAUACCGAAACGGCUGCUACUGGACUUCGCCUCCAAGAGGAAACAAGCAGAGAUUCGCAGAGGCGUCAUCAGAAACAACAGCCUGUGGGAUACACUGAUCUUCCGCAAAAUACAGUCAGAGCUGGGAGGGAACGUCCGGCUGAUGAUCACGGGGGCUGCGCCCGUGUCAGCCAAGGUGCUGACGUUUAUGCGAGCGGCGCUGGGCUGUCAGUUCUAUGAAGGCUAUGGAGAGACUGAGUGCACAGCCUGCUGCUCCAUGACCAUUCCCGGAGAGUGGACUGCAGGCCACGUCGGUGCCCCGGUGCCUUGCAAUCUGAUAAAACUCGUCGACGCGAAAGAGAUUAACUAUCUGGCUGCCAACGGCGAGGGCGAGGUGUGUGUGAAGGGAGCAAACGUAUUUCAAGGCUACCUGAAGAACCCGGCGAAAACAAAAGAAGCUCUGGACGGAGAGGGCUGGCUGCACACCGGGGACAUUGGGAAAUGGUUACCGAAUGGGACCUUGAAGAUCAUCGACAGGAAGAAGCACAUAUUUAAACUGGCACAAGGAGAAUACAUAGCCCCCGAAAAGAUCGAGAAUAUCUACCAACGGAGCGAACCCGUGGCGCAGGUGUUUGUCCAUGGAGACAGCUUGGAGGCAUUUCUCAUAGCCGUCGUGGUCCCUGACGCGGAGGCGCUGGGCCGCUGGGCGAGGAAGCGAGGCCUGGCGGGAUCCUUCGAGGAGCUGUGCUGCAGCAAGGAAGUCAAUAAAGCCAUCCUAGAGGACUUGGUGAGGCUGGGGGAGGAGUCUGGCCUGAACGCAAUAGAGCAGGUCAAAGGCAUCACUCUCCACCCUGAACCGUUCUCUGUCGAAAACGGCCUUCUGACCCCGACAAUGAAGGCAAAAAGGCCCGAACUUCGGAGUUAUUUCAAGUCACAGAUAGAAGAGCUUUAUUCCACCAUCAAAAAUUAA